AUGUCUGGUCGCGGCAAAGGUGGUAAAGGAUUGGGAAAAGGCGGCGCCAAGCGCCAUCGCAAGGUCCUUCGCGAUAACAUCCAAGGGAUCACCAAGCCCGCUAUCCGUCGUCUGGCUCGUCGUGGCGGUGUCAAGCGUAUCUCUGGCUUGAUCUACGAAGAAACCCGCGGUGUGCUUAAGGUGUUCUUGGAAAACGUCAUCCGCGAUUCCGUCACCUACACUGAACACGCUCGCCGAAAGACCGUGACGGCCAUGGACGUCGUGUACGCUUUGAAGCGCCAAGGCCGCACCCUGUACGGUUUCGGCGGUUAAAUCGUCGUCGCAGCCAGUGCUCAAACAAGCGGAUUUUGUAUCUGCAAUCCCUGGUGUUUUUUAACACCACCCUUCUCACGAGAAACUUGAUCGACAUGCAUUAGUUAUCGAGUAUUUUAUAUUUCAACGUAGCCGAAUGUAAGAUGGAUCGUACGAACGCGCUAACAUUAGCGUAUUACGUACACCUACCAAUCUACCAACUUGAUUUGAC